AAAACAAUAAAAAUGUUCUCGUUUUGUAAAAAUUUAUCACCAGUUCUAUUGUGUAUUUUGUGGACAAGAAUUUUCAAUAUCACGUUAUCGAUCGUUCAUAAAAUAAUGACUAAAUGACCUACUAUUAAAGUCGUAACCCAAAUAAUAGGUUGAGACGUUAGUAAACUUGUUUUCAAAGUAAAGGGGGUCACGAAAUUCAACACUAUCAGAUGAUGGUUAAAGUUGAACAACAUUAGGCACACAAUAUUUUUCACCCAAGUGUUAAGAGAUGUAGUUGAAUUUAUUGUUCACGGAAAAUGACAAACAAUCAUCCAUCAGCCCAAACUGAUCGGUCGACGGAUUGGCGGUCACGUCGACCGGCGAUAUGAAGAAGACCGCUGUUACUUAUGAACGUACUCACUCGUUGCGGGAUGACGAUGAAGAUGGUCACGAGAUAAUAUUAGAACGUGAUCCGUUCCGGCGCCCUAAGUCUCACCGUAUCACUGUGCUCUCAGGCCAAAAUGGUUUGGAAGAGAAACCGUCUAAAAGUGAUGUUGAUUUACCAAAAAAAAAUAGACGUAGUUGGGAAAGAGAAGAAGAAGUGCUUCUGAAUAAUGAAUCAUCAAUUGAUGAUGAAGAUGCUGCCAGAAAACUACGAAAAUGGAGCAAAAGUAAAAUAGAUUUAUUAAUGCCCAGUUUACGGUCCCUGGUCACUUUGGCCAGGGGCAAGUCAUCCUCAUCCUCAUCAUUAAAUCAACCAAGUUCAGCAGAAAGUUGGUCACAUUUAGAAUGUGUACGGAAUGAUGAACCAAUCCGUAAAUAUAAUACUAUGGUAACAUUAUCUAAUGUAGUUCUAAAUCGGCCUGUGGGAAUCAAACCAAUAAAUCGAUUACGAGAUACUACUGUAUGUUCAAGAUGUAGUAGUGUUUUGUCUUUGGCUGCAUCUUCAUCUAGAUAUUCAUUAGGAUCAACAUCAAGUUUUGUAACACAUAGAGAUCAACCUAUUGUACUUUGUAAAGUAUGUUUAAACGAAGUUCCUGUAAAAAAUUCUUGGACACUUCAACAAUGUGGCUGCUCCUAUUGUAUUGAAUGUGUGAAAGCAUAUGUAGAUUUUGAAAUCAACCAAGGUGCAUACAAUAUAUCUUGUCCAGAUGCUCAAUGUCCAAAACAAGGCAUAAUCCAGUUAGAAGAAAUAGAAGCAUUGGUCAGCAUUGAUGAAAUUGAAAAACAUCAAAGAUACAGACUUAAUAAGGAAGUGGAAUUGGAUAAAAGUCGAAUGUGGUGUCCAAAACCAGGAUGUGAAACUGUUUGCAAUGUAGGUGAUCGUUCACGACCACAUAGUGUAAUAUGUCCUACCUGUCAAACCGAAUUUUGUUCUGGAUGUCGAGCAACAUGGCAUCCUGGAAAACCAUGUCCUCCUCCAACUACACAUGACAUGCCAACAUUCGAUUCAGAUUUAAUUAAAUGCUGUCCCAUGUGUAGUGUACCCAUUGAAAAGGAUGAAGGCUGUGCUCAAAUGUUAUGUAAAAGAUGUAAACAUGUCUUUUGUUGGUAUUGUCUUGCUUCUUUAGAUGAUGAUUUCCUUUUAAGACAUUAUGACAAAGGCCCAUGUAAAAAUAAAUUGGGUCAUUCAAGAGCUUCCGUGAUAUGGCAUCGUACCCAAGUGAUAGGUAUAUUUGCGGGCUUCGGUAUACUGCUACUUGUUGCUAGUCCUUUGUUAUUACUAGCUGCUCCGUGUAUAGUUUGUUGUAAAUGUCGAGUAUGCACUAGUGGAUCAAAAUUAGAUGACCCUGAUGAUGAUAUAAUGGAUGAACCAAAUUGAUCCAAAGAAAACUUAAAUUUCAUUCCAUUGUUAAUGCCAGUGAUCAGAAAUAUUUAAAAUUGUAUUGUACUCGUAUAUAAUAUUUAGUUUUUACAAUGUCGUCCUAUAUCUUAAUUACUUUUUCAAUUUAACUUAUGAGUUUCGACCAAUUAAAUUGUUUUUUAUAUUGAUCUCUAAUGUAAUAUAAUAAACAAUAUUACCCAAAUUAUUGGAUCAUUGUAGUUAAUUUAAUUUUUGUAUGUAUGUAAAAUAUGUAUGUUACAUUCUAUAGAAUUGUUAGAUCUAAUUAUAAUAUAUGUGAUUAGUUAAUGUUAUUAUAUACAUAAUUAUGUAUAUUAUUUAGAUUAAUUUGUUUCCGUUUUAACGCUGUGAUAAUAUUUAAAAAAGUAUAUUUAUGUAUAAAUAAAUAUAUUUUAUUGAAACACAUACCGGUCAACUGUGUGAUCACAAAGAGUGCUGUCUUUAAAUUUGCAUUAUUAAAAUAUUGUGCUUGUAAAAGAAUGUAAUUAAUAUUAUAUCAUAUUUGUUUAAAAAAUAUAUGUUAAUUUUUUUAGACUUAA